AUGGGCUGGGGGAAGACGCUGACCUUCCUCCCCUUCGGGCCCCGCUGGCAGAUGCACCGCAAGCUGCUGCAGACCACUUUCAGUAACACAAACGUGCGGCAGUGGUACCAACUGCAGGUCACAGAGGCCCGCAAGUCCGUCCACAGCAUCAUAAAGGACCCAGACAACUGGGAGGUUUCCAUGAAGAGGUUCGCCGUCGCCAUUGUCCUCAAAGUAAGUUACGGAGUUGAUGUCCGAGAUGACAACGACCCGUAUGUAAAGAUCGCCGACGAUGCCAUGUACGCAACUGGCAACGGCGGUGCACCCGCCAACAGCAUCGUAGAUGUUUUCCCUCCCGUAAUGCUCGCCGCAGCUCGCCAUCUACCCAACUGGCUGGCUAGAGACUGGUCGCUGAAAUUUGCGCGAGAAUGGGGCUGGGCUAUCCAGAAAUUGCACAACGUUCCAUUCGCCGUUGCUCAAGACGAGGUGGCUCGAGGCAAGGAGAACCCGUCCUUUGCGCACACGUUGUUGGAAACGUAUAAGUCCAACGCCAAGAACGGUCUGGACAACGAGUGGUCACUUGACGAUAUCAAGGGGGCAGCGGGCGCCAUCUUCAUCGCAGGGGCAGACACGGUAACUGAGCGCACCGACGAUGAUACUCAGACCGAGUAA